AUGGCGAUCGAAUUCACUGUCUUUAAGGGCUCCAAGUCUGGAGAUAUCGUUGAAGCCAAGGGCUCCCGAGAGGUUGGCCCCACGGAGGCGCUUAUCAAGAUCACGCACAGCGGUGUCUGCUUUACAGAUGAGCACUACCGCCAUGUUGACCAGGGACUAGGUCACGAGGGUGUGGGAACGAUCGUAGAAGUCGGAUCUCGUGUCCAUGAAAUCUCAGACUUCAAGGUUGGCGACCGCGUCGGCAUGGGCUGGUUCCAGAAGUUCUGUGGCCACUGCAAAAUAUGCGUUAGAGGAAGGCAGAACCUGUGCGUCAACAAUGAGCAGUUUGGUACUGCCAACCAUGACCAGGGCACCUUUGCCACUGGCAUCGCCUGGGACAUAUCGGCGCUCUUCAAGGUCCCCGACGGAAUUGCCUCUGAAGAUGCCGGUCCCCUCAUGUGCGGCGGUGCCACGGUCUGGGAUCCUCUGUUCAGCAACGGCGCCAGAGCUGGUGACCGCAUCGGCAUUGUAGGCAUCGGUGGCCUCGGUCACCUCGCGAUCCAAUUUGCCAGUAAGAUGGCUUUCCAGGUUGUCGUCUUUUCCCGCUCAGAGUCCAAACGUGAAGAGGCCAUGAGCUUUGGUGCUACCGAAUAUCAUGCUACUGAAGGAAGAGAUUCUCUCGAGGGUAUCACUCCUGUAGACUACCUUCUGAUCACCGCCAACACCCUCCCUGACUUGACGCCAUAUGUUCCCAUUCUCGCCAAGGCUGCAAAGGUCUUCCCACUGACCAUCAGCCAAGGUAAUAUCGUGUUCCCCAGCCUGCCCCUCGUCCUGGAGGGCAUCAGCAUUGUAGGAUCCCCCCUCGCGCCUGUCGGAUCUCAGCGACAGAUGCUCGAAUUUGCCGCCCUCCAUGGCAUCAAACCACAGAUUGAGAAAUUCCCUUUGACUCAGACUGGAAUUACCGACGCUAUGCAGAGGCUCAGGGACGGAAAGAUGCGAUACCGCGGCGUCGUUGUCGUGCCAUAG